AAAUAAAUUCAUUUUCUCGAGAGAAAUGAGCGAGCAAAUCGAAGAAAAGCUGCAAAAGCUUCUUACUGACCCCACUGUCAGCCAGGACCUUACAACGAAGGAAGCGUAUUUCGCCAGUCUUUCCGAAUGGGCAAAGCAAGCAUCCAUCUCCCAAAACGCAAUGGCGAUGUUUCCAUAUUACUUGCUCGCCAACUACCCGCAACUGUUUCAGACGAAUCCCCUACUGUCGAGUCCCCCUCUACGGGCACAGGAAACUGGAAAUGCCCCCGCUCCCGCAGCAGCUCCGUCCGCCUUCCACCGCUUCCGGGUGCUGGACGAAAUCCAGCAGCAAGAGACCAUUCAGCGUGUGGGAGGAUAUGAGUAUGUGGUGGCGCCGUUUUGGAAACGAGCCGUUGCGGAGGCCAUUGACAUGCUCAUCCUGUUCAUACUGAAAAUAAUUGUUACCUUUGGCAUAGUGAAUCUCUUUGAGAUCGAUUUUGACAAGGACGUCAUGCGGAGAACGCUGGAAGACGAGGAUCUCUUUGUGAACUUCUUCGACCUCUCCAUGGACUUUAUAAAUAUGUCAUCCGAUCUGCUCAUGAUCGAGAUGCUAACCAAGAUGAUAGUAUGCUGUUACGAGGCUGUUUGGACGGUCUGGUACAACGGAGCUACGCCUGGAAAAUCGCUGAUGAAGAUACGCAUACACUAUGUGGAGGCAGUUCUUCCUUUGCAGGCGCCCGUCUUGCCACAAUUUGUUUUCCAGCCGCAGCGGGAACCACUGCGAGCCCUGCUCUAUCCCGCUGAGACACCAAAGUUGCUGAGGGCAUUCGCACGGGCCCUUGCGAAGAACCUUGUCAUGACGCUGCUGUUUCCCAUCUGCGUUGUUAUGAUAUUCUUCAAGAACAAUAGAACUGCAUACGACAUAAUGACAAAGACUAUAGUCGUCGAGUCCAAUUCCAAUGCCAUAUACCGUACCGACGUGCCGCAGCAGCAGCAACGUAAUCGCUAACAAUCAGUCAGUUAUAGGAAGUCCAAUACCACACUCACCGCCAAAUUGUGUACGGAGUAUAUAUUAUGCAUAUAAUUUAUCUAUUCAUAUACAAAAGUUACUGUUAAUGCUAAAUUUAAUGUCGUUAUGUUGAUGUAAAAUAAAAUGUAAUCCCUGAAACGCUGAGUAAGUAGACACGGAGGCGCGAGUGUCAGAA